AUGAAGGCGCCCGUGGAGGCUCUGGCAAGAGCAAUGACCCGUCAGGGUACGCCGAAGCUUGAGCCGCCGGAGCAUACAGGUAGUAGUUUGCAUGAUAGCGGUCGUUUGAGCAAGACGAUAAUGGACCGUCGCAAGAGCGAACAUCACAUUGUUUCUGAGACGGAUUCGAUGUCGUCUUCUGGGAGGACAUUUUGCGAGUCACCGGUACUGAAGUUUAAGCCGGCGGAAAUAUUACCGCCGAAGAGUCAGCAAGUGAAGCAGGCGGAGUGUACCUUAAGGAGUUUUGUGCAGGUAGUGCGGGAGGACAGUAUGAGGAGACAAUGCGCCCGAGGGGUGAAUGCACCACCGGUAUCGGCGGCAGAUCUGAUUAUGCCUCAGCGAUACUUUUACGCUCAGGGAGCCAAUGAAUUAAUGAAGCUCAAAGUUGUGAAUGUCGGUCCGGAUACAGCAUCCUUGCAACUGCCUGCUUACACUCUAAGGCUAAUUAAACUAGUCAAGCAUCGAAGACGAAGACUUCGCGAAAUCGCGAAUGGGUAUCCAUUGUUUGCCCACGAAAACCGUAUUAUUCUCGAGCAUGAGACCGAGAUUUUUGAGCAGGCUCUUCGAGACGCACUACACAUGCUCAAAUCCACUAGAGCCAUUCGACACAAUAAGGAGGCGCUGUUGCCUCCACCCAAUGACAUGAUACUGGCGCUGAGCAAUCGUAAGGCAUUACGACAACCCGCGUUGAAAGCCCGGCUCAAACCGUUUGCGGACAUGAAUGACUUCAUCGCCGAUAUCAGCGUGUCCGGUGUUACUGAUAUGCUUGCCAGCGAAGCCUCCGAGUCCACCGCAGAAAUCGCAGAUGAAGUCCAACAGCUCAGGGCCAAUGUACAGCGGGUCAGACGUGAUAUCGCCCAUUUUUUGAAUGAAGAGGAAGAGCCGCCUAUAUUGCAUAUCCGGGCAGAUAGAUCCUGCAGCAUUCACUCUUUGAAUUCGUCCUUGUAA